GCGACUGUAAAGUCAAAAUGGAAGGGCUAGGUGUAAGAUUUUCAAUGUGUUUUCUAUUUUUUUGUUCUGUAUGUCUCUUCUCUUGUCUUGAUGCUUCCCAUCUCAUGUAUGUAGGUAUUCGAGGAGCCUGUUUCGCUGCCCUCCUUGAACCUGUUGAACAUGCAGAAAGAAUUAUCCACAUCCCAGCAUUUCAGUUCUAAUGAACGAUGUGUCAGGAACUCGUUUGAUGAAUAUCAUGAAAAACGUGAUUCUUGUUGCAAUUCCUUGACUAGAAUGGUGGAUUGUAUCAAUCCAACCAAACGUCUCAAACGACUUACACACGUCUCCUAUCUUCCAAGCUCAGAGACGAGAAAGAUCGUGGUCAUUGGAAAGAUCGAGAUAGGCUUUACUGCUGUGUUCGAAUUACCAAUUGAUUGCAUUGAUUGUGCCGCGGAUUCGGCGAUUGUUGCUGCUGUUUUAGAAGGAAUAAAUGCUGCAAGUUUUAGAAGCAAUAAAUGCUUUUCCAAAUCAUAGGUAGAGGCAUAGCGCGCUUAUUCAAAAAGCCAUGAGUUAUGAUCAGCAUAAAUGAUGACGAAGACUCUCAUUUCCGGAAAGCAGAAUUUGAUUCGCUUGAAUGCCCCACGGACUGCCCACGCCCAUGUGAACGAGUAUGUCCUGCUUCGGCUAUAAAGUUUCAAAACUCUAAUCAGAAAGCUUCUUCUAACCACCUGGACGGUGGCGUAAUUGUUGAUCGAUGUUAUGGUUGUGGUCGAUGCCUUCCAAUAUGCCCUUUGGGUCUCAUUAGUGCCACAUCUUAUGUCCGACCUUUAGAGACUGUGGCCAGUUUGUUGCAUAGUGAAGAUGUGGAUGCAGUUGAAAUACAUACAGGAGCGGGUCCCUGCUGUAUAUGCAGACAUUUGAGCGCCUUUCGAGAGUUAGUUUCCCAGCUGGGAAAUGCUUUUUCGUCUCUGAAACUUGUAGCUGUCAGUGUACCUGAUUAAGAGGAGUUAAUGAUUCCAACUCUAAACGCCAUGUAUACGUCUAUGAAACCUUUCGUGAAGAAUCUCAAUCUCUGGCAGUUAGAUGGUCGGCCGAUAAGUGGAGAUAUUGGAGUUGGUGCCACAAGAGCAGCCAUAAUGUUGGCUCAAAAGGUGGUUUUGUCUUCAGAGAGACCUCCAGGUCGUGCUUGUCUUUCCACUCUUGCUUGUCAUUAUACAAGUUUUGUCCAACUUGCUGGAGGAACGAAUGUGCAUACUGCAACAGCUUUAAAGAACGUGGGCUUGCAACGCUGGAUAACAUACGAGAAUCAUGAAAGAUUGAAUCAUAUGUAUGUGCAUGCUGCAGGGGUAUCUCAGCAAUACGAAGACAACCAAAGUGGGUCUGCAGUGAUCGCAGGAGUUGCAUACGGAGGAUAUGCACGGAAGAUAGUGCACAAGUUUCUCAGAAAUGUGGGCGAAGAGGAAACGUGCGGUGAUGUGCUGUUGAACCGAAGUAGCAACCAGAUGGAAAAUUAUCCUCAUUUUCUCCUCCACGCUGUUUUAGAAGCGAACGUUCUCGUUGAUAGUAUAAAGUGUAGUGUGAAUCAAAAUUUUCAUAUUUCCACUGUCCCGGAAUCUCACGAACACAUAUAA